AGGAAUUUCCUGCCCCCCACCCCUCCUUAUAUACAGGAUCACAUCUAACAAGAGAUUCAGAAAUUGAGAAUAGCUUGAUUGGCAAAGAAACACCAUCCCAUGGCUUUGGAGGCCUGGUUAAUAGAUGAGAGCGACGAGGACCAGAGGCUUCCACACCAUCGGAACCCUAAAGAGUUUGUAACCCUGAGCAAGCUUGAAGAGCUUGGAGUUUUAUAUUGGCAUUUGGAUCCCCGAGACUUUGAGAAUGAUGAACUGAAGAAAAUUCGAGAAAGCAGAGGAUACAACUAUAUGGACCUUCUGGAGUUAUGCCCUGGAAAAGUUGAGAACUAUGAGGAGAAAUUGAAGAACUUCUACUGAGAACACAUCCAUGCUGAUGAAGAGAUCCGUUAUUGUUUGGAAGGAAGUGGGUACUUUGAUGUGCAGGACAGAGAGGAUCGCUGGAUAUGAAUUUGGAUCAAGGAAGGGGACAUGAUUGUGUUGCCUGCUGGAAUCUACCCUCCCUUUACAUUGGAUACUUCAAACUAUGUAGAGGUAAUGAGGUUGUUUGCUGGAGAACCUAUUCGAACUGCUUACAACAGCCCCCAGGAAGACCAUCCAGCAAGGCAAGGAUAUAUCAAGAAUUUGUUCGACAAUCCUGGUGUUGCUCUUGAGGCACAUUUGUUUGCAUAUUACCUUCUAUGAUUAGCUAUGAUCUUCUCAGAGAUGAGAGUCUUGGCCUGGAUCAUGGAAUACAUAUGCUAAUAAUGAUACUUCCUGAGGACAAAUCUAGAAUUCUUGCUAUCAAACAAAUAACUUCUUGAUAUGAUAUCCAGCCAAAGCUAGUGGUUUAGGAAUCCACCAUGUCAUCUUUUUUUUUUUCUUGUCUUAUUGAAAGUCUAUUAAAGAUAUAAUAUAUGUAGAGUAUAUUUGAUGCAAUUAUUUAUAUUCUAGAUGAUCAUUUAAUUCUUGUUCA